UGUUGAAACGUCGUGUCGUGAAAAACUUUUAAGCGAUCUUUGGAAAAGGUCAAAAAAGACAAUAUAAAUAUUGAAAUUAAAACGUUCAAAAGGAUAUGCAAGUAAUAUAAAGGAUUGAGUGAUCGUGUGAAAAGAAUUUACUUAAAACGAAUCCUUACAAAAAUUCAUAAUGGAUCGUGAGGAUUCGUCGGUAUCGAAAUCCUCUUUGGACCACCCUAUGGCUGAGGGUUUAGAACCCUCCAAACCCGUUACUUUUUGGCGUUUGUAUCGAUUUUCAACACCACUCGAAGUAUUUUUGUUAUUUAUUGGUUUUAUAAUGUCGGCCAUUAAGGCUUUGACUUUACCGGCUGUGGUUAUAAUAUAUAGUGAAUUUACUGCCAUGUUGGUGGAUCGUACAUAUCGGAAUGGUACCAGUUCAGAGACAUAUGCUUUACCGUUGUUUGGAGGUGGUAAGACACUAUCCUACGAAUCGGAAGAAGUCAACAAUGCUGAACUUUAUAAUGAUUCCAUAGCGUAUGGCAUUUUACUUACAAUAGCUUCGGCCGUAAUGUUUAUAUCGGGCAUAUUCUCUGUAGAUAUUUUCAAUUUGGUCGCUUUAAGGCAAGUGACCCGUAUGCGCAUCAAUCUCUUUCAAGCGGUAAUGAGACAAGAUAUAGGAUGGCACGAUUUGGCAACGAAACAAAACUUUGCCCAAAAUAUGACAGAUGAUGUGGAAAAGAUUCGCGAUGGUAUUUCAGAAAAAGUGGGUCAUUUUAUUUAUCUGGUAAUAGGUUUUUUGAUCACAGUGGCGAUUUCUUUCGCCUAUGGUUGGAAGUUGACUUUGGCCGUUAGUGUUUAUAUACCCAUAGUUAUUGUUCUUAAUAUAGUGGUGGCCAGGUUCCAAAGUAAACUAACUACCAAAGAGCAAGAGUCUUAUGGUAAUGCUGGUAACUUGGUAGAGGAAGUCUUAAAUGCCUUACGUACUGUAGUGUCCUUCGGUGGCGAGAAGAAAGAAUCCGAACGUUAUGAUAAUUUUCUAGUACCGGCACGUAAAGCCAGUCAGCGUAAAGGCGCCUUUUCGGGUCUAAGUGAUGGGGUUUUAAAAAGUAUGCUGUUUCUCUCCUGUGCCGGAGCAUUUUGGUAUGGAGUAAAUUUGAUCAUCAAUGAUCGUGAUAAAGAGGAAAAGGAAUAUACUCCGGCUAUAUUGAUGAUUGCCUUCUUUGGCAUUAUUAUUGGUGCUGAUAAUAUAGCUAGAACUACUCCCUUCCUGGAAUCCUUUGCCAUGGCUCGUGGCUGUGCUUCGACUAUUUUUAAAGUUAUUGAUUCACAAUCUAAAAUAGAUCCCAUGUCAACUGAUGGCAAAAUUUUAAAUUAUGGUUUGAGAGGCGAUGUUGAAUUUUCUGAUGUUUUCUUUAGAUAUCCAUCACGUCCUGAUAUUAUUGUUCAUCGUGGUUUAAAUAUCAAAAUUAGGGCGGGUACUACGGUGGCUUUGGUGGGCAGCUCGGGUUGUGGCAAAUCUACUUGUAUACAAUUGUUACAGCGUUUCUAUGAUCCUGUCUUUGGUUCUGUUUUACUGGAUGAUUUGGAUAUACGUAAAUAUAAUAUACAAUGGUUGCGUUCCAAUAUGGCUAUUGUAGGUCAAGAGCCGGUUUUGUUUUUGGGUACUAUAGCUGAGAAUAUUAGUUAUGGCAAACCUAAAGCUACACAAAAGGAAAUUGAGGCAGCCGCCAAAGCUGCUGGAGCUCAUGAAUUUAUAUCCAAUUUACCAGAUAGUUAUAAAACCACCAUUGGUGAAAGAGGUUCUCAAUUAUCGGGAGGACAAAAACAACGUAUUGCUAUUGCCCGUGCCCUAAUACAA